AUGUCCUCAGGGCGCGAUAUUAGCCCCGACCAGAUCCUCCGUCCACGUCCGAAGCGACCUGGCGAGACCUCAAUCGUCAACGGCAACAGUUCGAAUGGUUACAUAGAUCAUCCGCCUUCCGGAGUGUCUAGUGGACGGUCGACACCUGUACCACAGGAUGCUCCUCCGUCGAAGCAGUCCAUCUCAUCUGCACGCAAGCACGCUCGUGCGCAGGCCAAAGCAGGCCGACUCUUCCACAACAUAAGAUACACGGCGCGGGUCUCACACUUCGACCCGAAGAGCGAACAUGCAGACUUCCGCGGCUUCUUCGUGCUCUUCUGGGUCGGACUGACCAUCCUGGUCGGCACAACGGUCCUGCGGAACAUCAAAGAAACUGGCUACCCAUUACGAGUGCAAGUGUACCGCAUACUGUCCAAGAAUGUCAUUGCGUUGGCGCUUUCCGAUGUUGCCAUGGUCGUGAGCACUGGACUGUCUCUGCCCUUCCAGAGGCUCUUCCGCAGCGGUCCGAAGGUACUGCAAUGGCGCAAUGCAGGCUUCUGGAUACAGUCGAUCUACGAGCUUGGGUGGCUGGCACUGUGGACACAACUGCCUUUCCUGCUCAACUGGACAUGGACAGCUCAAGUCUUCUUCGCCUUGCAUACGCUGACCUUUCUCAUGAAAAUGCACUCGUACGCAUUCUACAAUGGCCAUCUCUCCGAAACCGAACGCAGAUUGCACGCAUUGGACGAGCCUAAGCCAGACGAGCAAUACGAUGCCGCUUACAAGUACCCAUCGUCUCCUAACCGGAUUGUGGAACUCAACGAUGCGAUAAUUGAGAAGCAGGAGUCCGACGAGAAAUUGACAAAGUUGCGAAAAGACCUGGCCUUCGAGCUCACAUCGCCAAUGGGACAAGUCACCUUUCCACAGAACCUUACUGUAUGGAAUUAUGCCGACUACACCCUCUGCCCGACGCUUUGCUACGAACUUGAAUACCCACGCACUUCCGGCAUCCGGUGGUUGGAGGUCUUUUGGAAGACUCUCGCUGUGUUCGGCUGCAUCUUCCUGAUGACAAUCAUCUCAGAAGAGUUCAUCACACCCAUCUUGGCGGAUAGUGCCAUUCGCCUUAGGACCACGGAUCGACUGAGUGAUCGGUCUCUGAUUCUGGCGGAAACCGUCAGCUUACUCCUCUUUCCUUUCAUGAUCACAUUCCUGCUCGUAUUCCUUGUCAUCUGGGAAUAUGUUUUGGGGGCCUUCGCGGAGCUCACUUGCUUCGCCGACCGUCACUUCUACUCGGACUGGUGGAACAGCACAGACUGGCUGGAGUUCUCCCGAGAAUGGAACAUACCUGUGUAUCACUUCCUUCGGCGGCAUGUCUACUUCAGUAUGUUGAACUACACCUCGAAUGGCGUUGCAAUGGCGGUGACUUUCCUGGUCUCGGCGCUUGGGCAUGAGUUGAUUAUGGGCUGUAUCACCAAAAAGUUGAGAGGCUAUGGCUUCUUUGCGAUGAUGUUGCAGCUACCGAUCGUGGCUGUUCAACGGAGUCCAUUGCUGAAGGGGAAUUGGGUGCUCAACAACGCCGCUUUUUGGUGUAGCAUGGUAUUGGGACUGGCUAUGAUGUGCAGUUUCUCCAUCACCGACCUCCCCAACAUCAACUUCUCCGCCUUAGUCAAAGACGUCAACUAUGUUGUCGUCAUGCUGGGCGACAAAUCCAUCCAAGUCAACGGCUACCAACCCGUCACGCAGUUCAUGAAGCAGCUCGUGCCCGCGAUGCGUGAGCACGGUGUGAAGCGAGUGCUGUACCAGGCUGGGGCGUUUACGCGGCCUGCGGGCGGCUCGUUGAGUCCGAUACUUUGGUGUUUGAGGUAUACGAUCGCGAGGGCGUUUGAGGGGCAGCAUCAGGAUAAUGAGGCUACGGGGGAGUAUUUGCUGAAGGAGUGUAAGGAUAUGGAGUGGAGCGUGCAUCGGGCGGGCAUUGGUGGGGAUACGCCGUCGAAGGGGACGUUGGUUCGAUCGGAGACGGAUUUCAAUGUGGGGAAUCAUGUUGAUUGUGCGGUGUUUAAUUAUAAGACGGUGAUGGACGACGGGGCGGUUAGGGGCACGUGGUUUAGCUAUUAUGCGAACGCGAGGGUUGGAAGCCCUGAAGACCACCAUCCGUCAUCAACACAGACGACAGCGGAGCAGGUAUCUCUGGAGAACAGCCACAGCCAGCACCCUUACACCCUCAGAGAGGAAUCUAGCGUCUCUCUGGCAGAGCGCAAAAGCACCAAAUGCAGCCCUCUCUCGUCCUCGAGACACCUGCUCACCGGCACCCAGCCCACUGAUCUCUCGAGUUUACCGCAAGCCCGCGCCGAGCCGAUCUCUUCAUCAAGGUCGGUAGAUUGGACGAAGCCAAUCCGCUUGCCUCUCGAGUAUACCACGAACGCGAGCCGGGACGAUCUCUUCCUCAAGACCAGUAUUGGAUCGGGAGCCGGCACCACACCCAAACCCAACCGCACCCACACCCUCAACAACUCACCAGAUGAAAACCCGCCACCAAACCUACACCUUCCACCGAAAAACCACCGCCAGCCCCAACCAACCGCACCAAAAAGGCACUCCCUUGGUACCCCUAAUCCGAAACCACACACGCCCCCAGAGCCCGCCCAACACGCAGACACCGAAAAAAAGAGUCAAGAACGAGCGGCGCGCACCUUCUAG